GUCUAGAAAAUAGAUGAGAAACCCAACAAUCACUGAGUGACCCCCAUCUACAUGGGGCAAUUCCCACUGGGGGGGCAGCCCGCCUAUUACCCCCUUAUAUCCCCAUCCUAAUAUUAUACAACCAGUACAGUCCAGAUAAUUCUCCACUAUCCGUCCACAGAGAUCACAUGACCACAUCAGUGAAGAUGGAGGAGGACCGGAGUCACAUGACUGAGAAGAUACUAAACCUCACCCUGGAGAUCAUCUACCUGCUGACCGGAGAGAGUUUUCCUCUUCUGAAGUCAGGUGAUCAUGUGACCAUCACAGUGCCCCCAUGUGACUCCCUAACAGCCGAGAGACACAACAUGCAGAAGAUUCUAGAAGUCACCAAGAAGAUGAUGGAGCUGCUGACAGGAGAGAUUGGAAACCUCGGGGAUCAUAAUGAUAUGAAAGAAGAGUAUAAAGAGGAAGAUGAGGAGUAUGGAGUGAUGAAGGAGCUUUCUGAAGGACACAAGGAUCUCUACAAGAACAUAAUGGUGGAGCCACCUAGUAAGAGGAACCCACCAGAGAGAUGUCCCCGUCCUCUGUAUUCCCGGGAUCCCACACAGGAGGAUCUCACCAUCCCCCACCAUGAUCAGGGUGAAGAUCUGAUGAAGGUGAAAGUUGAGGGUGACGUAGAAGAGACGUAUGUGAGGGAUGAUCAGCAACAUACGGAGGAGGAUGGAAUGACGAGGACACUCAUAGAGGAGGACACUACUACAGAGAUCAGCACAGGACACGCCAUGGAGGAACCCUCAAAGGAUCCUCUGACUUUAUCUCCAGGUUGUAAGAUGGAAGAUGAGGACAUCACAGCAGAUUGUGCGGGAGAAGAGACAAUGAGCUCAGCUAUGGAUGGUGGACUUCACAGUGUGGAUAGAGCAUGGGAUCCCUCUGACUCUGAGCAACCUCGUCCUGUGGGGGAUGGUGCUGGAAUUCAGGGGGAGAAGACAUUUUCCUGCCCUAAAUGUGGGGAAAGUUUUAGCUGUGAACAAAGUCUAUCUGUGCAUCUGAAAUCUCACACAGUUGAAAAGCUUCAUUCCUGCUCUGAGUGCGGGAAAUCUUUUCUUCAAAAAUCAGCUCUCACCACACAUUACAGAUCUCACACAGGUGAGAAGCCGUAUUCCUGUCCUGAGUGUGGGAAACGUUUUUCACAGAGUGGCCAUCUUUCCAUACAUAAGAGAUUGCAUGCUGGCAGAAAUCUAUAUUCCUGCCCUGAGUGUGGGAAAUUUUAUACACAGAUAUCAGACCUCGUUAAACAUCAAAGAUCUCACACGGGUGAGAAGCCAUAUUGCUGCCCUGAGUGCGGGAAAAGUUAUUCAGACAAGUCCACUCUUGCCAGGCAUCGGAGAGUGCACACAGGCGAGAAGCCUUUUUCCUGUCCCGAGUGUGGGAAAUGUUUUUCGCAGAAAACAAACCUUGUCAUACACCAAAGAUCUCACACAGGGGAGAGGCCAUAUUCCUGCACUGAGUGUGGGAAAUGUUUUUCAGAUAAGGGCGUUCUUAACAAACAUCUGACAUUGCACACAGGCGUAAAGCCAUAUUUAUGCCCCGAGUGUGGGAAAAGCUUUUCACUUAAAUCUGGUCUUAAGAAACACCAGAAAACCCACACAACCCUUGAGGUGUAUUAGUGUCCUGAGUGCGGGAAAUGUCUUCAAUGGUUCAGGAGCAGAGAAAACGCACUUCAGGAUGAAUCUUCAAACAGGCCGAGGUUCGGGAACAUAGGAGAGCAGCAGAAGGUCAAGCCAAGCUGGGUCAUUAACAGGCAGACGGCGAGGUACCAGGACGUGAAGCAGGAGCUUAGUCAGGAACAGGCUGAGGUCAUCAACGUGUGGGCAAUGCAGUACCAGGGAUGA